UCGAUUUUAGCCACUAUUUUCCCAGUAUUCGAUUUUCAAUGAACCUUUCUGUAGAGACACAAAAGCGUGGUUCAGUAUGGAAUAUUGAUCAACGCAAGACCUUUCGGAUUAGUCGUACUUGAGCCUACACAGUACCUGUAAGAUUACAAGAUUACGACAACCUCAGCUCCGCGCCAAGUUCAACGGCUCACAAACACCAAGACAAAUGGCUUGUACAUGCAAAGAUGCAGAGAUAUGCCCAGAAAAUGCCAAGGGGUGCAGCUUAUACCUUCGAUAGGAAGGUCAUGAUGGAUGGCAUCAACGACAAAUGCAUGGUACGAAUGGCGAGUGACGGCACCUGGUCGCCACCAGCAACCAUGAGUUAUAUAAACGGCAUGCGUCUGCCUUCAAUAUAGCCCUGCAGCUCUACAGGCAUACUCUGCAGGUUCCAUCGCAAACAUGAAGUUGCUCACUAUUGCGGCCGCACUCUCUUCGCUGGCUUCGGCCGCUUCCUUCAGCAAGGAGGAGUAUGAGUCUGGUCAGGUCAUGGCAUGGAUGAUGGAGGCGAAGGAGUCUGCAUGGGCCGAACAGAAGGCAGCGGGUAAUUACAAUAGCAGGAAAUGGAACGGCUGGAACAAGCACAGAGGGGGCCGUGACAAGGUUGCUUGCAAGAAUGGCUACGCCGUGGCUGUCAAGGGCGACCCUGACCAGACCUACAAGUGCAAGGACAUCGACAUGUACGAUUUCAAGACUCAUGAGGAGCUGGGCAGCCCGGAAGGUGAAGGCUCUGGCUCGUGGGGCUGGUCGCACAAGGGCCGCGACUUUUACGCAAUCGGCCAGACUGAUGGCACUGCUUUCAUUGAGAUCACCAAGCAGGGACGGAUUGUGUACCUUGGACGUCUUCCCCAGCAGUCUGUCCCAGUCAUCUGGCGUGAGAUCAAGACCGCUGGCAACUACCUGAUUGUCGGCUCUGAGGCUGUCGAUCACGGUGUCCAGAUCUUCGACCUUCGCAAGCUCCUCAAGGUCAACCCUAAGAGGCCCCAAGUCUUCUCCACUACCAGGGACUUGACGGGCUUCUGGAACGAGCUCCCCAUCGGGCGAUCCCACAAUGUGGUCGUCAACGAGGAGAAGAACUACGCCGUUGCUGUCGGCGCUCAGCCCCGUAAUGACACUUGUGCUUCUGGGCUAAUUUUCAUCAAUAUUGAUGACCCCUCCAAGCCUUACUCUCCCGGAUGCGCUCCUCAGGACGGAUAUGUGCAUGAUGCACAGUGCAUUGUCUACCGUGGCCCCCACAAAAAGUAUUUCGGACGUGAUAUCUGCUAUGGAUACAAUGAAGACACCCUCACUAUCUACGAUGUCAGCAACAAGAACGGAAAGAACGCCUCAAGGAUCAUCUCUCGUACGCCGUACGUUGGUGCUUCCUACACUCACCAGGGAUGGGUUCUCGAUCCCAACUGGCAAACACAUCUUAUCCUCGAUGACGAGCUCGACGAGGGCGAGAUUAAUGCCACUCGCACUGCUCCAGACAGCCCGGCCAAGGAUGGAUUCCCUGUAACCUACAUCUUCGACAUCACCAAUCUUGAGAAGCCUGUGAACACUGGAUACUACAAGUCUUCCGUGCGAUCAGUCGACCACAACCAGUUCGUCUACAACGGCUUGGCCUACCAGUCUAAUUACCAAGCUGGUCUCCGCAUCCUCGACGUCAGCAGCAUUCCUGAGGACCCUACUGGUGGCAGCGUGGAGGAGAUUGCUUACUUCGAUACUUACCCCACUGAUGACAAUCUUCCUGGUGGCGGUCAGGCCCUCUGGAACGGCGGCACCUGGAGCCACUACACUUUCCCCAGUGGUUGGAUCGCUAUCAACACCAUUGAUCGUGGUGUUUUCACCGUCCGUCUCAACAAGUUCCCUGGAAAGGGAUACGGGAAACGAUGGGUUGACAGGAGCCUCGAGGGUUGAGCUUCAAACUUGUAAAUAGUGUCAAUUCUUCAUAAAAAUAGCACGAAAAUGUAUGUGUAAGCUCAC